AUGACUGAUUCAACAAGAUAUGCCUUGCCUACAUUAAGAUUUAAAACUUAUGGUCUACUUUGGGGAAUUGUUUGGAAUAGAGAACUUACAAUAAUACAAUGUCUUAUUCUCUGAGGAUUGAGGAACAAGAAGAGAUCUAUUUAGAGAAAGAUUUAUUCUAGAAAAAAUCAUAACAAUUACAUCCAAUCACAAACUACACAAAAGUUAUCCCUUUUUCAUGGAGAUUUACCCAUAACAGAGAUGCACAGAGGAAGAGAACGAACUUCAUAUAUCCCUUUUCUACUCAAUCUAGAAACAAGAUCGGACGUUAUCCCAGCUCGUCUCUAUUUUUGUGAAACUAUUCCUCAACCAAGGCAGUUGAUAAGUCAUCAAAGGGUUAGUGUGAAUACUGGAAUGGCUAACAUUACUCAUUUUAAACUCUCCCACGGUGAUAUAAUAUCUUUUCAAUAAAAUUAUGUGAGAACCCGCACUGAUGAAUUAAAAAGAUCCGUCUAUAUAAAAAUCUUAGUUGAUUAAAUAAUAGGAAAAUUCCUGGAUCACCCGUGGAGAAGAACUAAAAGAAAAUGGUUCCGCCUACUAAAAACUAAGGGGUGCCGCCUACUACUACAAUCCCAGUUUUUGAAAAAGUUGUGCUCUUCUAUGCAAGAAGAAGACUUAGAAAGAACAAAGAAGUUUGGAUCCGAAAAAGUAUACUUAGGCAGUUCUUUUGCUGAGCAUAACAAAAUGAAGAGGAAUUUGUAUCAUUUCAGAUCCCUAUUCUUAUUCAAGAGAAGGAAUGAGAAAAAUGAAAAUAUUCCUACUCGAACAAGAAGCCAUAUUGUUUACAACUCUUCUUUAUAUAGUAAUUUGACCUAUUGCUCUGCAUCACCCCAUCAGUUUACUAAAAAGAUCAAAAUAAAAAGGAUCGAACUAGCUACUCAUUAUUCGGAGGUGAAUCAUAGAACAACAAAAGCUUUGGUAUCUUAUGGACCUAACAUAGGUCAUAUACCUCACGACAUAAUAUUGAAAGAUCCAAACCUUCUUCUUCGAAGCGGAAAGGGACGUGGCACAAACAUAUAA